CUGACACGUUUUGAGAGACCCCUAUUUACCUGUUUCUUAAUAGUGCAGGAAGAUAUUUCAAGUGGAAUAUAUUGCAGGAAGCACUGGUUUCAACACAAGUUUAAACCAUGACGCGAUGGGCUAGAGGCGGACCUGCCAACAAAAAGAAGGAACUGACAGCCUCUUCGUGGACAGAGAUGAAGACAGGUGAACAGAAACCAAAACCAACAGACACCAAUUCUAAAAAAAAUCACACUCAUUCUAAACUGGAAAAGCAUGGCCAAUCACAAAGUAAUCAACAGAAAGGGCCUCAGAAAGGGGGUGUGGCCAAACAUAAGAAGAAGUUUGGCAAGAAGGUUUUUAUUAAAGGAAAGUUUAAUGUGGCAAAUAGUCAGGACUACAAGGAAGCUCGAAGUGAAUACAGACGAGUGAAGAGGAUUAACGAAAGAGAGGCUGCCAGGGUGUGUUUUAACUGUAGGCAGUCCGGUCACACUCUGGCCGACUGCCCACAAGUGACCAGAGACACUGACCAGGGCACUGGGAUCUGUUUUAAAUGUGGCUCCACAGAGCACAGCAGUGCCACCUGCAAGGCCAAGGUUGAACCAGGUCACUUCCCCUAUGCCAAGUGUUUUAUAUGUGCUGAAAUGGGUCACAUUUCUAAGCAGUGUCCAGAUAAUCCAAGAGGACUGUAUCCAAAAGGGGGUAGCUGUAGGAUGUGUGGAUCUGUGGAACAUUUCAGAAAGGAUUGCCCUGAGUUGCAGAAACAGCAAGGGAUUGCAGACACAACCAUAGACAAGGUCCAUAAAUAUGCCAAUGUGGAGGAUGAACCCACUCUCCAUGAGAGCCCAAAGUUGAAGAAGAAAAAGAAAGGACCAAAAGUUGUGACAUUUUAGCCAUAGAUGUUAUAUGUUUAUGUAACUAACACAAGACAUUAAACUUUGGCGAUUCCAUUCUAAUGACAAUUAAAAAUAUUUAAAAUGCUUAUAGACUCGAGAAUUAUGAAAGUAUUUGUCUUAUCACAAGCCUUCUCUCUGUAAAAGCAACCCAAGUUGAUUGUUGUGAUUAUACAUAAUGAACAUUACACAGAGGGCAUUUUGUGAAAAUUGUCAGACUGUCCUUCAGCUAUGAUUGAACAAAUACUCUGUAUGUUAGUUGCCCAGUCGUAUUUUAUAUGAUGAAUAACAUCAAUUUCUGAAAAUUGAAGUUAUUUAUAGCAGUGCAGGAACACCCCCACCCCCAUCUGCAAUAUGUAAUAGAGAUCUGUAAACUCACAUUUCAGGAGAAAGUGCACAGUUCAUCAUAUAUAAAACAAACAAAGCAUUAGUCUUACAAAUGUUAUUUAUCAUAACGGUGGCUUUUAUACAAAUAGUUCUCCAUGAAAAUGGCAUUGCUCGAGAGAAACAGUGAAAGAAAAAAUAAGAACACACACCCAAUCAGCAAGGAAAAUAGCAGUGCAAACAUUCUUUUCUUUUUAAACUAUGCCCAUCAUUACAAAUUACCCUUUUCAUAGAAAAGAUUAAAGCCACCUACAAGCCAAUUCUUCAUCUGAGAGAUUAUAUUGCAUAAGAGAUAAACAACAAGAUGUACUUCUCUGGCUAUCAUAAUCAGUACUGUCAUCAGGAAAAUUGCUAAAAAUCCUUGAGGUUAGUACUACAAAAAUAAAUGUCUAUUAGUAUUUAAGUUGAUUCUAUUGUCAAACUGAAUUCAAAAGCAGUUUUUAAACAUAAAUUCACUGUUAGGACUUUAAAAUUUAUUCAGUGUCACUUUCCUGUAGAAAACCACUCGCACAAUUUAAGACACAAAGAGUAAUACUGCAAACCCAGUUCCAAUCCCUGAUAAUUUACAAUUAAGGCCCUAGUCACAUCAAGCAGUACAUCAAAAUUGACCACUCUGAGAGAGUGACAACAUAAUAACUUGGUUAUUACAUCAGAGAGUCACUUACACAGAGGCAUGAGCUCAGCAUAGCUUUCUAAUUUUCAUUAAACAUCCCGGGCGGAUCCAGAGAUAUUUUCUGACAGUCUUCCAAAUUAUCUUUGUUGAUCCAU